GUGGCAUAUGGUGGAAGAAAACAACUUAACUAUUCGGCAGUGUCUUUGAAAUCUAGGUAUGCAUUUCAACUUUCAAGUGCUAGGCACUUGUGGUGUUGGAUACAGUUCUAAGCAACUAAUCCAUGAAAUAGACAUGGAAGCCAAGGAAAAAAGGGCGAGUCAAAAGAGGAUGAGUUACCCAAUGUGUUGAGUUCAGCAGGAGAAGCCAUAGCCAACAACCCUAACUUCAAAUCCGUUUCAAAGCAAUGGCCUUCUUUCAAUUUUGCCUCUCCCAUGCUCAACUUCACAUAGAUUUCAUUGGGAAAGUGAUGAGGAGAAUAGGUAUGCCCAUGCCAAUUCGGAUGCACAGAGUCCUGGAGACAUUUGCAUCUUGCCAUCACUUUGUUUACAAUUUAAUAUUUUUGAAAUGGCUGAAGAUUUUCUUAAAAUAUCAUGUUAAUUUGGAGACUCUGAUAAGUGACCUGUGAGAUUAAAAUAUGUGUAAUGAUGAAUUAUUCUAAUUUGCUACUUUUCACAUUUACUUGAGAGAGGAGUGAGAAAAUUAUUUUAUUAUUAAAUAAUAAUUCUAUCAAAACCGACUAAAAUUCCCAAAAUUAGAAGUUUGUGUUAAAACUGCGAUGGAAUUGUUCCAAAUAAUUUAAGUGAGUUCAAAAUUCCCAAUUCCCCAAAUGUCGAAGAAUUAGGGAUUGCGAUUGCGAUUGCGAGCAUGAAGAGAAGCAGACCCUCCUCGGCUUCGGCAGAAACCAUCGCCUACAAUGACGACCUUCUCACCCAAAUCCUCAUAAGAAUACCUGCAAAACAUCUCCUCAAACUCAAAUUAAUCUGUAAACAAUGGCGUUCCCUUAUUUCCAGCCUCCAAUUCUCUCUUUCCCACUCUCUUCACCACCAGAACCGAGGCUUUCUAACCCCAUCAGCCCUCUUUCUAGGCAUCGGCAACUACUACAGACCUCCCUUUGAAUUACCCGCUCUUCCCUUAACUCCUGAUAGCAGACUUCCCGUCUUGGAUUUCAUUGUUGACCCACACUUCAAAAUCCUCCAAUCUUGCAACGGCUUGCUUUUGGGUCAUUUUUAUUACAAUAUUAAUGAAAGGUUGAGGUACUUCAUCUGCAAUCCAACUACCCGUAAGUUCAAAAUGAUUUCUUUACCUGUAUCCCAAUUGGGUUCUUUGCGUGCUGUGAAUUUAGCCUUUGAUCCUAUGAAAUCACCUCAUUAUAACAUCAUUUGUGUAAGGAAAUUGCCUUCUCCAAAUAAAAGGUUCGGUCUGUAUAUCUAUUCAUCAAAGUCUGAUGAAUGGGAUUCUUCUUGGAUUAGUUUUCGGGCCAACGAGUAUAUAAGGUUUGACCAUGGUGUUUUCUGUAAUGGGGUCUUUCAUUGGAACAGUAACGGUAGGAAAUCUUUGCGGUUUGAUUUGGAGAAUAAAGUGUUAAAGAAAAUGCCAAUGUUGGCUCCUAUGUUUCAAGCUCCGCAAGGCUCGGAGGAUGAGGAUAGUCGAUAUUUUGGGGAGUCUAGGGGCCAUUUGCAUCUUGGAGUUACAUACAUGCCACUUUGUUUUAAAUUUAAUAUUUUCGAGAUGGCGGCUGAUUAUUCUCAUUGGUUUCUUAAAUACUGUCUGAACCUGGAUGAUACUAUGAAAGCUUUCCCUGACUUGAGGUUACCUGUUGUUGAUAUCUAUUAUGGAUUCCAUGUUUUAUCUGUUAUCCGAUCUGAAGGUGAGGAGUCAAAAGUUGUGAUUCUCUUGGAUUAUAAAGCAAUUUGCUAUGAGCUUAAGGAUGGGGUUUUGCUGAAUGUUAAUGAGCUAAAGCAGUGUCCGGAGACUCUCAAUCGGUGUCCAUUGAAUUAUAUUGGAAUUCAAGUCUAUCAAUAUUUUGAGACACUCUCAUGUGUUUGAGGGUCUAACAAACUUAUACUAUGAUUGGAUGCGGAUCAAUCUUCUCAGGUCUUAUUUUAGUAAAUAAUCUAGUUUUUUUAUGUUGUAUGCUUAACAUUGUGGUUACAUAAAGCUACAGUUAUAGGAGUUGGGGUGAUAGUGUUCUCAUCACUAUGGAAUUUUUACCUGUAUCAAGUGAAAUUAGCAAUCUAGUUUGCCUGUUCAUAUGUACUGAUUUCUAUGAUCUAUGCUUCUUUUAAACAA